AUGCAGGCAGGCGGCGGCAACAACACCACUCGGAAGCAGGAGAAGGACGCUGCCGCCGCCGCCGCAGCCGCCGCAGCCGCGGCGAAACAAAGCAAGAAGGACAGGCAGGCAGUCGGCGACGACGAAGAGAACGCGACAGCGACAGCGAGGAGGGUCAGCAAGAGGAAGACGGCGGUGGCGAGGACAGCGAAGAUGACGAGGGCGAGGAAGGAGAAGACGCGGAGGAAGAUGGAGGCAGGGAGCAGGAGGACGAAGUGGGAGGCGAACAAGCGAGCGAUGACAACCCCGCCGCCGCCGCCGCCGCCGCCGCCGCCGCCUGCCCGGCGAAGACCCCACCUGGAAAAGGCGGUGGCGCCUGCGGCGGCGGCGGCAAGAAGGGAGGUAGCAGCUCUACCGCGGCGGCUACAACCCGCGGGCAAGCUUGCGCGGCGGCUCCCGCUGCUGCCGCCGCCGCCACCGCCGUCGCUAAGGGAGACGAUGACAAGACCUGCAAUGGCACGGUGGCGGCGGGAGAAAAGGAGGGUGCCGGAGAGGCUGAUGGUGGUGUCGCUAACGCCGAUAAGGGAGGGAGGUAGGCUGCGAUAUCGUUUUGUAUCCGCUCUCGUUUCGAGUUAG